UAUUCCUUUUUGUAAUCAAAAGCUAGUUUUGGUGGUAGGUACAGAAAAAGUUUUAAGUUGGCUGAUAAAAUCAUUUCAAGUCCCCAUUAUUUUUAAACCAAGUCCAGUUGGCCUUAACAAUAACUUAUCUCUUCAAAGCUAACUAGUCAUGGAUGAGAAUUUGGAGCUGAGGCUUAUUGCAGAACUAGAAGAAGAAGAGAAAAAUGAUCUGAAGAAAAGAGUUUGGAUUGAAACACAGAAAAUAUGGAGGAUUGCUUUCCCUUCAAUGUUGGCUAGAGUCACUAGCUUUGGAAUGAUUAUUGUCACACAAUCGUUUCUUGGUCACAUUGGGGAAGCCGAGCUUGCCACUUUUGCACUCAUUCAAAGCAUUUUCGUAAGGUUUAUCAAUGGUAUUCUGAUAGGGAUGUCGAGUGCGACUGAAACACUAUGCGGGCAAGCAUUUGGAGCAGGGCAAUACCACAUGAUGGGGAUAUACCUGCAACGAUCCUGGAUUGUGGAUGGCCUUAUGGCGACGGUAUCAGUCCCGCUAUUGGUUUUCGCUUCACGCAUCUUCAAACUACUCGGGCAGGAAGAGGAGAUUGCGGAAGCAGCUGGGAGUAUAUCUCUGUGGUUUAUCCCAAUGCUUUACCAGAUGGUGUUUCAACUAACCAUGCAAAUGUACCUGCAAGCUCAGCUCAAAAACUUUAUUGUUGGAUGGCUAAGUGCUUUUUCAUUUGCUCUUCACUUGUUACUGUCAUGGAUCCUGGUUUACAAGCUAAACUGGGGUGUUGCUGGGGCAAUGGGUUCCUUGAAUAUAUGUUGUUGGAUUAUGGUUGUAGGGGAGUUUGUGUUCAUCUUUGGAGGUUGGUGCCCCAAUACAUGGAAAGGAUUCUCCAAGGCUGCCUUGUAUGAUUUAUGGCCUAUAAUAAAGCUGUCCAUGGCCUCUGGCCUCAUGAUUUGCUUAGAGUUGUGGUACACUGCCAUUCUUGUGUUGCUUGCUGGAUAUAUGAAAAAUGCAACCAUUGCCAUUGAUGCAUUCUCCAUCUGCCUCAAUUUCAACGCAUGGGAAUUUAUGAUCUGCCUAGGCUUAUUUGGUGCAGCAAUAGUUCGGGUUGCCAACGAAUUAGGAAGAGGAAAUGCAAAAGCAUUGAAAUUUGCAAUAAAAACAAUAAUGAGUGAAUCAAUAUGCAUUGGAAUGGUAUUCUUUAUAUUGUGUUUAGGGUGUUGGCAUCAAAUUUCCUACUUGUUUACUACUGAUGAACAAGUUGCACAAGUUUUAUCAUCUCUCUCAGAUCUUCUUGCCCUCUCAGUCUUGUUCAAUAGCUUUCAAGCAAUAUUAACUGGUGUAGCAAUUGGGGCUGGAUUCCAAAGUAUGGUAGCAAUAGUCAACUUGGGAUGUUAUUAUAUUGUAGGAUUACCUAUUGGAGUUGUGUUGGGUUAUGUGUUGAAUCUUCAAGUUACGGGACUAUGGAUUGGAUUGCUUAGUGGGGUGGCAUUUCAAAUCGUCAUUCUUGGGUUCAUAGUUUGGAGAACAGAUUGGGAUGAACAAGUUGAAAAGGCUUCUCAACGUCUCAACCGUUGGCUUAUAAAUGAAGAAAACAAAGAAGAACAUAAUAAUCAAAUUCAAAGCCUAUCUCAAGCUUAAUUAUAACUCGGGAUUUUCAUCUUGAUGUUUAGUUGUUUCAUCUACAACUUUCUUUUCUUAACUAUGCUUUUGAUGAUUAAAUUGUUUGGAAAGUAAUAAUUUUAAGCUGAAAAUUAAAAUGUUGAACUAU